UAAUUAAUAUCAAAGUAGGCUACCGAUUAAGUUUUUGUACUUUUUGUCAAAAUGACAAAGUUUUCAAUCUCGCAAGACUACAACCCCAGUUUACAAAAAUACAAACUGGUUUUUCUGGGCGAACAAAGCGUUGGAAAAACUUCGAUUAUAACGAAAUUCAUGUACGACAGCUUCGACACCGCUUAUCAGGCAACAGUCGGUAUCGAUUUUCUAUCAAAAACAAUGUAUUUAACCGACAAAACCGUGCGUUUACAACUGUGGGACACAGCCGGUCAGGAGCGCUUCCGCUCUUUAAUCCCUGCCUACAUAAGAGACUCUUCAGUGGCUGUGGUGGUCUUUGAUGUGACCAACAUUGAAACCUUCCACCAAACCACAAAAUGGAUUAAUGACGUGCGAAUGGAACGCGGAGACUCCGUUAUUGUGUUUCUGGUCGGCAACAAAGUCGACUUGAAGGACUUGAGACAAGUCAGUAUAGAAGAGGGCGAACAAAAAGCGAAAGAAUUGAACGUCACGUUCGUAGAGACGAGCGCCAAAGUUGGUUUGAACAUUAAACAGCUAUUUAAGCGAAUUACUGAAAGUUUGGUGGUUUGUGAGGAACCAAAGAGUGAUAAUAGCAGUGAACUACAGGAAGUUAGUUUGGGGAAAAAUGGCUUGGUUACGAUUGACAACAGUUGCGCCUGUUAAUUAAGAACAACUCGUUUUGUGAAACAUUUAUUUACAAUAAUUAAUUGAUACAAUCUUAUUUAUUUAAUUAAAAAAAUAGUAACAUAAAGAAAAUUAAACCCCUUUCCUCCACUUUUCCGCUGUGGUAAACUCAGUCAUCGGCUUGCCACUUAUCCCACAAGUGCCAAUCCCCACGCGUCCGUUCACCGAAUCAGGCGACGCGAAAAUACUCUUAUUAGUGAGUCCGCUUUUUUUGUUUUUCACGGCUUUAUUCGUAAAAGCCAGCCACUUGUUUUUCUCAACUUCUCUCUCUUCCUCCAAUUCUUUGAAUCUCUGCUGUUUCUUCAGCUUCUUCUUUUUGAGAUAUUCGCGGUUAUUCAUCAUUUUGAUGCGUUUCAAGCGUUCAGCUUCAGUCAGAACUCGUUUCGCUCCUGUGAAUUCUUUAAUUUCCGCUAAGGUAGAAACCCCCCGAUUUUUAUAAGCUUCAAAUGUCACAUUUACCUGUCCGUCCGGAUGGAUAGCAUCGAUACGGGCUUCGUAAUAUUGGCCGUUAUCGUUCCAUUUCGCGAGACAGGUGUCGCCAAUCCGCCAGAUUUUCUUUGAUUUGUUACGAGCAACGAACUGCUCAACGGCCAGGAGCGACUUGGUUAUCUCGUCUUCUUCAGGCACCCCAAUCGGUUCGGUGUACUCGGGCUGAUUUGCCGCCUCAUCUGCCUUAUUC